GGCAGGUGCCCACGUGAUCCUGGCCUGCAGUCUGUGCCUGCGGUGAGGUACCUGGGCUCCUGGAGGGCGGGCGGUUAGGUCGUAACUGCUGCUAAAGGCGGACGCUCUGGGGCGACCAGGCUCGGUAACAAUAAGCCGGCGAAAGCGUUUGCACUUAGUGCGUACCGCAGGGGUCUGCUCUUUCUUCCACCUCCGCCGUCCCCACCUCUUUGCGGGUGAAGUCACCUUUGCGUUUCGAGACUUUGGGGCCUGAGGCCCAGAUUCGACACGAACCCCCACCACCCCCCUUUCCCACUCAUCCUCUGUCUCUUCCUUUCCACCACCACAUCAUUUAGCCUUUGAGCUGGCCAACUCGGCUGUGUCGUGAGGCCAAGUUUGAGGGGGUUAAGGUAACUGUGGGGAAAACAGCCCCCCAGUGGACAAAGGCGGAGGCAAGAAUAGAGCAGGCCUAGCGGGCACAGGCAAUAAAAAUAGGUAACUGAGGGUGUGAACAAGGAAAAAAAAAAAAAGGAAAAGAGUACUGCGGUUUAGAAAAGACUGGAAAGGACUUGUUGCACGAUGGAAGAAUCUGACUCUGAGAGAAAGAUGGAGAAAGAGAAUCUGGGGCCAAGAAUGGAUCCUCCCAUAGGGGAACCGGAAGGAUCGCUUGGGUGGGUGCUACCAAAUACAGCCAUGAAGAAAAAGGUGCUGUUAAUGGGUAAAAGUGGGUCUGGUAAGACCAGCAUGAGGUCUAUUAUCUUUGCAAAUUAUAUUGCCAGAGACACACGUCGCCUUGGUGCAACAAUACUAGACCGUUUACGUAGUCUUCAAAUUAAUAGCAGUUUGAGCACCUACUCUCUCGUAGACUCUGUUGGAAAUACAAAGACAUUUGAUGUAGAACAUUCUCAUGUCCGAUUUCUGGGAAACCUGGUAUUGAACCUGUGGGACUGUGGUGGACAGGAUACCUUCAUGGAAAAUUAUUUCACCAGCCAACGAGACAACAUCUUCCGAAAUGUGGAGGUUCUGAUAUAUGUGUUUGAUGUGGAAAGCCGUGAACUGGAAAAGGACAUGCACUAUUACCAAUCAUGCCUAGAGGCCAUUCUGCAGAAUUCUCCAGAUGCCAAAAUCUUUUGCUUGGUACACAAAAUGGAUCUGGUACAGGAGGAUCAACGGGACCUGAUUUUUAAAGAGCGAGAAGAAGAUCUGAGGCGUUUGUCUCGCCCAUUGGAAUGUUCUUGUUUCCGAACAUCUAUCUGGGAUGAAACUCUUUAUAAGGCUUGGUCCAGCAUUGUUUAUCAGCUGAUUCCCAAUGUUCAGCAGCUGGAAAUGAACCUAAGGAAUUUUGCUGAAAUUAUCGAGGCUGAUGAAGUGCUUUUGUUUGAAAGAGCUACUUUUCUGGUGAUUUCUCACUAUCAGUGUAAAGAGCAGCGUGAUGCCCACAGAUUUGAGAAAAUCAGCAACAUUAUUAAACAGUUUAAGCUGAGCUGCAGCAAACUAGCUGCUUCUUUUCAGAGCAUGGAAGUCAGAAAUUCUAACUUUGCUGCUUUCAUUGACAUCUUUACCUCCAACACUUAUGUGAUGGUUGUGAUGUCCGAUCCAUCCAUUCCUUCUGCCGCUACUCUGAUCAACAUCCGCAAUGCCAGAAAACACUUUGAAAAGCUGGAAAGGGUGGACGGACCAAAGCAGUGUCUUCUCAUGCGCUAAACAUUGCCAAAUGUUGUUUCAAAAAAUUUUGAAAUACUGUUUCUUAAUUAAUGUUAAUGUAUUCGUAUAUGUAGGCUCUGAAAUGUGAUGCUUACCGUUUCUGUAUUUCUUUCCUACUCUCUAGUCUUAAUGUUUAACCUUGAAUGCUAUUUACUAAAAUAGCCAGUAAGAAGUUAGAAGAUGAGCUGUUCAUGGACUUGAUGUGACAUAAAAUUAUGUUAUAUGUAAGUGUUCUGAUAACAAGAUUCUAAUAGUGUGUGUUCUGAUAGCCUGGUUCUAAUAGUUGUGUAUGCCAAAGCCUUUCCCAACAUCAUCUUGUAUUCCUUAUCAGAUAGCAACCUGUAAGUUUGGAAUAUUACUGUUUUCUCAGCAUGGAUUAAAAAUAUUCCUUAACUUGAAAUAUAAAUAAACUUUGCUGUUAGGGA